AAUGGGGAAAGCGUUGCAUAUGUCAGGAUCGUUACCAAACUUGCCGGCCCCUCCCGAUCGGACCGGUCGGCGUCGGAAGCUGAUGAAUCGAUACUACCAGCGGCAGGGCAAUUACACAAAGUUUCUGAAGAAUCUCCACACGGAGCAGUUGGCGAAGCUAGCGCUCAAGAAUCAGAACGAGUGCGAGCUGCUGGAGGACAUCCGACAGUUUACGCUGAAGCGGUCCGCCAUCGAGAAAUCGUACAGUGAGGCACUGCUGAAGAUAUCGUCCGCGUACUUGAACAAGAAGCAGGCAUGCAUCCCGGAGAUCAAAAUGGACGGUGCGGAGGAGAAAUGGAAUAUGUGGAGCGUUUGGCAAACGGUACUGGAGGAGAACGAAAAGCUGGCCCGAGCCCGCCUCGCCGCGGUCGAGGUGUUUCAACAGCAGAUCGCCGACGAAGCGAAAGUUCUCCGUAGCACCAAGCUCAACAGCAGCAAGCGUUGCAUUGAGAACCUUGGCGUGGUGCAGAAGGAGCUGCAAAACUCCGUUACCGACGUGGACAAGACGAAGAAAAUAUACUUCGACGAGGAGCACAGUGCCCACGAUGUGCGCGACAAGGCGCGUGACAUCGAGGAGAAGCUCAAGAAGAAAAAGGGCUCCUUUUUCCAAUCGAUCACAUCGCUGCAAAAGAACAGUGCCCGUGUAACGUCACGCAAGGAACAGCUGGAGGAAAAAUCGACCGGAGCCCGUAACGAUUACAUCCUAAGUCUGGCGGCGGCAAACGCGCACCAGAAUCGCUACUUCACCAUCGACCUGCAGACCACGAUGGCCACGAUGGAGAACUACGUGUACGAGCGGGUAGCGGACUAUCUGGCGCUGAUUGGCCGUACCGAACUGCUUACCUGCUCCGCCACGCAGAACUCGUUUGGCAAGAUACGUGACCAGGCACAGCAGCUGACGCGCGAAUACAAUCUGCAGUGCUGCUAUCUGUACUAUCCGGUGCUGAAGCAACACAUCCAGUACGAGUUCGAACCGUGUGACAAUGAUCCGGUGCGCAAGAUUACGGCCGAUCACGAGUCGGCUGCGGAAACGUUGAGCCGUGAGGGUAAACGAUGGGCAGGACGGGUCGCACGGGAGAGUAACGUUAUAAGGGAAUGUGCUCGUAAGCUGGCGGUGUGUACGGCACUGCGGGAAGCGGGCCAUCGUAACGAUCCAAACGAUCAGAAUGGGCCGGAUCUGGAGACAAAGAUUGAGGAGUUCCGCGAAAACAUACGCAAGUCGGAGAUUGCGAAGGCGAAGGCAGAGGCACGAUUGGAAUGUUUGCGAAUCGGGGGUAUUAAUGUGGACGAAUGGAUACAGGAGGCAGAAACGCUCAGCGUGCAGGAGAUGCCUCGCUCGGCAAGUUCGUUAUCGAUGCGUACGGAUGCGUCGGGACAAGGGGAAAAUCCGAGCUCCGAUUCAUUCUACGACAGCGAUAAUGCUGAACAAGAUCAACCGGUGUCGGAGUCAUCGCCUGCCCCGAAACAACCGGAACCACCAUCGGACGAGUUUACGGCCGACAGUGAUGAGGAUGAGGAGUUUGGCGUAGAGCAAGAGCGACAGAAAAUUGAACAGAUUUCACAUGGCUGGGAUGAUCCGACCCAGGUCGACUGGGGUGCAGAGGAGGCUGCGGCUGCAGCAGCAGCCAGUAGCCAAGCUGCCGCUGACAGUGCUGCUGCCGCUGCAGCAGCAUCAGCACAACCACGCGAACCAGCAGGACAAACGUUCAAGUGUACCGCACUGUACUCGUACACCGCUCAGAAUCCGGACGAGUUGACCAUCGUGGAGAGUGAGCAGCUCGAGGUGGUAGGCGAAGGUGAUGGGGACGGGUGGCUACGGGCACGCAACUAUCGUGGCGAAGAAGGGUUCGUGCCACACAACUAUCUCGAUGUGGAGCGUGACACACCGGUCGAUACACACACGCCUGCCCAGCUAUCGUCACAGAUAUCGUUCUCCUCGGUGGACUACACCGUCGACAAUGAGGAUCAGGACCAGAUGCAGGACUCGGGUCAAUCACCGGACCAAAUUUCGGUCAUAUCGGCACCACGCAAGGUCAACAAUCAGCUGUACUGUGUGGCACUGUACGAUUACGAUGCUACGGCCGAGGAUGAGCUAACGUUCGAGGAGGGCCAGAUCAUUAAACUCAUCACCAAAAGUCCACACGGUGUGGAUGAUGGUUGGUGGGAGGGUGAGCUGAUGGGAAAGAUCGGCAACUUCCCGUCGCUGGUUGUGGAGGAAUGCGACGAGAAUGGGGAACCGCUGACUGAUGCUGAGGACGAAUCGCCGCCACCGUCAGCACCGCCCACGUUUGCGGCACCAGCACCACCACCGCCAAUGAUUCUCCACGAAGCAACGCCACCGGAAGGUCAAAGUCCAAAUUUGACCAACGCUGGACCCGCUAUCGAUAAGUUUGAGUUCGAGCUAAACAACGACCAACAUGAACAGUAUGGAACGCAGUUUUCAGCACCUCCACCGUCACAACCGCCACCGGUUGUUAUCUGUGAGGAUCCUGAGGGCGAAGAGGCCGCUACUAUGGAAGAGGAAUCUCGACAAGGGGCAACCGCAACAGCAACCGCAACAGCAGCUACUGCUAGUGGCGGUGAUAGCAACCAGCUCAACUUUGCCCAAAUCAUUGUAACGGCCGCCACACCGAUGCACGAAGAACCGGACAAAAAAUUCCCGCCUGCGGAAGAAUCCACUACCACCACCACCGCAGCACCCGAUAACGAACCGUCAGAGAUCGUGGAAAAGCAGGAGCAGGAAAAGCAGGAGAUCAGCAGCAAGCAGAAAUCUCAGGAUGCCGAGGUGCCAAAGCCACCGACGCCCCCAGCAUCGCAAGAACCGACCAAACCAAAAUCCGCUCCACCCAAGCCAGCCAAACCACCGUCACCGCCCAAACCGGAAAAGCCGGCCACCGCGCCGAAACCCACCAAUGUAGCCGCAAAAAGUGCUACCGCGAAAAAGCCCGAACGAGUUCGGCAGGGUACGAUCCCGGACCCCGACCCGGAACCCGAACCGGAGCAGGCUGAAGCGGCACCGAUCGAGGAUCCGGUUGCACCGUUCGAGGCAAACUUUGAGGCAAACUUUGAGGCAGGCUUUGCGGCCAACUUUGACGAUGCGUUCGGCGGUGAGCAGAGCAGUCAGCAGGAGGUACCGAAGCAGGUGGUCGGUGGACGGGCCAGCAUACCGGAAGAGUUGGAACCGCAUCAGCUCGCAAGGCUGCAGAACCUGAAGGAAUCGAACGCAUAAU